AUGAAUAAAAGUUUGAAAUCAGUUCCAGACAGUACAACUGCAUUUUCCUUAGGUGUUGAUCUCCAGGUUUGUACUUCUAAAAAUCCAACAUGUUGUACCAAAAAGAUGGAAGAAAGGUAUCAGACUGCAGUAAAACAAGAUAUACAGCAAGUGCUUCAAACAUCAAGCGCUACAUUAAAGUUUUUAAUAUCUCAUAAUGCAGCUGCUUUUCAAGAAACCUUUGAAGUGCUUAUCAGACUGGCUGAGAAUUACACAAGCACACUUUUCUGCAGUGCAUAUAGAUCCAUGGCUGCUGAGGCUACUGUGCAUGUGCAGGAGUUUUUCACAGAUGUUGGACUGUUCUUAUUUGGCACAGACGUCAGCACAGAGGAAUUUGUGAACAGAUUUUUUGACACCCUGUUUCCAGUAGUCUACAACCAUGUGAUUAACCCUGGUCCGACUGACAUUUCACUGGAAUAUGCGGAGUGCCUCCGAGUGGCGAGAAGAGACAUCAGGCCCUUUGGCAACAUUCCCCAAAAAGCCAUAGGACAAAUGGGAAGAUCACUGUCACCCAGCCGGACUUUCCUGCGGGCUCUGAAUUUGGGGAUCGCAGGGAUCAAUCCAACAGAUCACCCGCACUUCUGCAAAGCCUGCAGCAGAGCUUUGCUGAGAAUGCAGUACUGCCCACACUGCCAGGGGCUGACGCUGAGCAAGCCCUGCAUGGGCUACUGCCUCAACACCCUCCGAGGCUGCCUGGCUGACCUAGCAGAAGUUGAUCUCCACUGGCAGGGGUACAUCCAGUCCCUGGAGGAGCUCUCAGGAGCCCUGAGCGGAGCUCACGGCAUCGAGCGUGUGCUGCUGAACUUCCACGCCCUUGUUCGUGACGCUCUGGUGCAGGCUCGGAUCAAUGGGCCACAAUUAUCUGAGCAGGUGAAUAAAAUAUGUGGUCCUCCUGUAAGAAAGCCUAAACACUCUCCAGGUUGCUCCUUUGAUCAGAACAAAGAUAAUCAAGGGCUGAAGAUGUUCUCCAGACUCAGUGAAGAAACACUCGCCAGCAGAAGAAAGGAAUUCAUCGGGCACCUCCGUCCGUACCGAGCCUUUUACGGCGGCCUGGCGGAUCGGCUGUGCGGGAAUGAGCUGGCAGCUGCCGACGGAGCCCCGUGUUGGAACGGAGAAGAUGUCCUUAGAAGAAUAUACAAGAUAUCUCUGCUACCAGCAAGACCUUCCUUCAAGCUGCUGGGAAUCUUUAUGCAUAUUUGAGAAAAUCCCUUGGAUGGAGGGGUUGCAUUCUAGUGUGCUCCUGUGUAAUAAGAUAUAGCUUCUCCUUCUAAU